AGGUAAGCUGGGCAUCAGCUUUUUCACCGAGGCGGCUUUUCCUGCGUCUGAUUCCGAAGACGAUGUGAAGGCGACCAACAGAUACAUGCAGUUUACGCUGGGUUGGUUCGCACAUCCGAUUUUCAAAGACGGGAAUUACCCGCAAAUUAUGAUUGAUCAGAUAGGUGAGAAAAGCAAACUUCAAGGUUUCCCACAGUCUCGACUGCCUAUUUUCACGAGGGAAGAACGAAAACAGUUGCUAGGUUCUUCCGACUUCAUUGGACUGAAUCACUACACGUCGAAAGUCGUUUCACACGCCGUUGGCAACCAUGAAGUUGUCAGUUGUGCAGAAGACAGAGAUGUUAAACUUGAUUAUGAUCCUACUUGGCCAAACUCGGGAUCUGUUUGGUUGAGACCUGUUCCUCCAGGAAUGAGAAUGCUUCUGAACUGGGUGAAAGACGAAUACCGCAACUUGCCAGUUUAUAUAACUGAAAACGGAGUUUCAGAUACUGCUGGAAAUCUGGAUGACUUGCACAGGAUGUACUAUUACAAGCACUUCAUCAACAAUGUUUUGAAGGCUAUUACGUUGGAUGGAUGCAAGGUUGAAGGAUACUACGCGUGGAGUCUGAUGGAUUCUUUUGAGUGGACGGUUGGGUAUUCAGAAAAAUUCGGAGUGUGCGCUGUGGACUUUGCGGAUAAGAAUCGCAGACGGACGAUGAAAUCAUCCGCACACUUUCUUCGUCGAAUUUUUGCGGACAAUGGUUUUUUGAAAGAUGGGAAUCCGUGGUAUGACGUCCCUGAUGCUAAGCACUACACGGGGCAGCGCUGAUUUUUCUCGCAUAAGUUUCUUCCGAGUCAAGUGAAGGGGCUCUACAACUUUAUCCUCGCAUUUGUUCCGAGCUGAGCUUUGCUUCGUGGUGUCGUAUUAGAAAAAAAAGUGCAUUCUGAAUCCGAUCAGCAGAGGGUAUUUUUAUAAACUGAAAGAUUUGCUUUAAAUCCGACAGUUAUCACAUUUUUAAUACGAAUGUGAGUCCAAGUCCGUGCGCA